AACUGCAUUCAUCAGUUUUUUCCAUCUCACUGUUGAAGCAGUGGCUCUCAACUUUCAGGAAUAACGGGAACGCGUCUGGGCACAAUUCUGACCUGCAAUCAGCCAGCGUGAUGGGUCUGUUCAAGUUUAUAUGUGCGAUUGUCACUAGAGCGUUAUUUAUCCUCGUCUCUCUGACCGGGGUCUUGAGAGUGACAAAUGUGAAGAAAGACCUAAAUUACUGGUUCCUGACUUUUCUCCUUCUGCCGCUUAUCGUUGAAAUGAUAAUAACACUGAAGAGCCGAAAGGGACAAGAUUACAAAUGGUUUUCUCCUCCUAUCUUUCUGUUUCUCAUCAGUAUCAUUCCCUCCAUUUGGAUCCUGGAGCUCCACCACCAGCAGGACAAUUCCAGCGAUCCUCAGUGCAAAAAGCUUGACUCUUGGGAGAAUUUGCGCAGAUUGAUGACUCACAACGAGACCCAGAGAAACACCUCAUACCAGGACUACCUGAAGGCGUUAUCAGAUGUCUGUUCCAACGAAUGGAUCCUGGCUCUUCAUCAGAUCCUGCUCAUCCUCCUCAUCGUGGGAAAGUGGCUUCUCCCCCUGGGAGGCGGAGUCACGCGCGACGAGCUCUCGCAGCUUCUCCUUAUUUUCGUUGGCACUGCCGCAGACAUCCUUGAAUUUACCAGUGAGACGCUUUCAGAUGUCAAAGAGAAUAGCCCUGAGCUGGUCUACAUCAUCUUAGCUGUAUGGACUUGGAGCACAUUACAGUUCCCUCUACAUCUGGCCGUGGUGAACUCCAAGCCAGAGAGUGAUGGUGAGCAGGGGGUCGAGAAGGUGUCCCUCCUGGCUAAACACAGCACGGACAUUUGGGGCAUCGUGGAGGCCUUGUUUAUCCAGGACGGGCCUUUCCUGGUUGUCAGGCUCAUCGUCAUGAUCUACUUCGAGGUCUUCCACCAGAUGCUGGUUUUCUUCGCCAUCAAGAACUUCCUGGUGGUCAUACUGAACUUGUACAGGUUGAUUGUUAUAUGCCAGGACUUCAGACCCUCCAGCAGAAGAAAUGGCAGGGGCAGCGCUGUCCCAUGUGUUGUGUGUUAUUAGUGAGCUCACAGGGAAUCAGGGAAUCAGGGGGAUGGAGAGAUGUUACACUCAAUUUUUACAGUUACAGUAAAAGAGAUUGCUAAAAGCUACAAUUGGAGUAGGAAAAGAAGGAAACAUUUGCUUUCUGUUUUCUUCUCACAGUGUACUUAACUUUGUGGAAUUUGUUUUGAGUAAUUAUUGGAAAAACUUUGAGCAAACAUUUUCUUCUUGCAAGUUGCCAAGUUCAUUUACCACUCUCAUUUUGCUUAUACUUAACCCCAUUCACAUUUCAGUCCAUAUGGAGUUCUCAUCAGCCACCUCUACAACCUGGUUUUAAUCAGGUAUAAAGAGGCCUUAUGGUUGGUUUGACUGAAUAACUGAUAUGACAUUCAUACACAAGACAUCAGGUAAGAUGAGCAGACCAGGAAAAAAUCCUCAUAUGAUCACAUUUAAACGCCAUAAUGCACAAGACUGAGCACGUCAGCUCAAGAAAACUAAUUAUUGUCAACACAGCACCUACAGUAAGUGAAGCCAGGCUACUGCUUCGUUAAGGAUUGGACAGAUUUCUAACCGGGUGAUGCCUGGCAUCUCGUGGAGCGGCAGUGAGGAUAUGGAGAACAGGAAGAGAGCAAAGCAGAGAGAUAUACUAGAUGGCGCAACUGCUCUGGAGUGUCGACAGAAGCUGAGAUCAAAGGGGGUGCAGUUUUCCUGUUUUAACCCAGAUGAGAAAUUAAAGCUGGCUCUAAUAACAUCCUAUCCUAUGAUAGUAGGUACAAUAAAUUAAUAAGGUGGAUCAUGACUUAUGAUUAUUUGUGGCAUUUGAAUGGGAAAUACAUCAUGAAGGGAAGUAGCUUCCAAAUCAGUUUCUAUCCAAAAUGUUAUAGCUGUUAUUUUGUCUCUCUUGGAAAAGCUGCCUUUAAAAAAGGAGGGACAUGCUAUUCACAGUUUAAAAAAUAUUUGUUUUUGUUAUCUCAAAGUGAUUCUGUCCUUACGGUUACUGUUGGUAAGCUUUGGCUGAUGGUUGUAACUCUUUGACAUGCUAUAAAUGAGUUUGCAUUUGUGCUAUAUCUUUAAAAAAUAGAGACUGAAGACAUACAACAUUGCACUCAUGUGAUCAACAUGAGAUUUGAGGUUUGUGUUUGUGUGUGUGUGUGUGUGUGUGUGUGUGUGUGUGUGUGUGUGCGUGUGUGUGUGCAUGUGUGCUUGGCUUUUACUUUAAAACCAUACAUUUUUUAGGGCUUUAUAAUACCAAAGAAACAUUAUUAUCACUCCUUGGUUCAUGUGAAAAUGUUUUGACGACAACCUCAGCACAAACUGUGUAUUUCAACUUGCCAAGGAGAAAAAAAUGUGUUGUUAUUGUUAUUGCUGUGUUAUCUUAUUUGUUUUUUUACCCCAAAUGCCCCAGACAUGAUUAUUUCAUUAUUUCUGGGGCUGUCCAAGUGUUAUUUUACCAUAUCAUUUUUACCAUAUCAUGUAAUCAUUGUUAUAUGUUAGUGAUGCUUGGCCUGACACUGUCCAAAUAAAACAAUCCAUACUUU